GAACGGGGAACUCGUGUAUACAAGAGCAAUAAGGGCUAUCAUUGUCAAUAGCAAAUGACCUACUAUUUGUAUACCACUCUAGAGGAUAUAACUUGAUUAUUAAGAAAGUAUUUCACGUGUUACCGGCUCUGUACCACUUCAUGCGAGGCUUUAUCCAAGGUGGAGCAAUUAAGGGGUAUACCUUAACUCGCUAACAGGUUGGCACUUGUCGUUGAACUGUUCCACUUGUGUUUUUUUAGACCCGUGGAUUACCGUCUGUUGGAUUAUCCCCUGUAAAGCAUACCCGGGGAUUAAAACAGAACUGUGUUUUUCAUCAUUCCUCAUGACACUCAGCAGACUCGUGUGGUAGUUCCAACGGACAAACAACAAGAUGAAGUGUGGAGAGGCUCUUCUUCGGUCAGCUGUGGCUGGGACAUUCAUGUUGUUUUCAUGUCUGCUUCUGGGCGUCUCAGGCUCCGAAUCCACCGGUGGGAGAAACCGCCUUUCCAAAGAUGCCGUGAACGGCUCGCAAGGCUACAAAGUUGCCGACUUUGACUUCGCUCAUGUGGAAACGCCAUAUAUUAUAUCGCUGUGGAUAUUGCUGGCCAGUGUCGCUAAGAUAGGUUUUCACCUUUAUAACAAACUGUCCUCGAUAUUUCCUGAGAGUUGCCUGCUCAUUGUGAUGGGUGUGGUCGUCGGGGUUAUUCUAUACUUCAGCAAAGCCGCCACUGCGGAGAAAUACACCCUGAGCCCCAACACCUUCUUCCUCUUCUUGCUACCACCCAUUGUUCUGGACGCUGGGUAUUUCAUGCCUAAUAGAGCCUUCUUCGACAAUAUAGGCACGAUAUUGUUGUACGCUGUAGUGGGGACUCUUUUCAACACCGUUUUUAUAGGAGGAGCUCUUUACGGUGUUUCUGUAGCAGGUUGGAUUGGUGUUGAAAUAAACCUUCUCCACUGUUUCGUAUUCAGCAGUCUCAUUUCGGCUGUAGAUCCUGUAGCUGUCCUCGCAGUCUUUGAGGAAAUUCACGUGAAUGAGAUGUUAUAUAUCAUCGUGUUUGGGGAGUCUUUGCUCAAUGAUGCCGUCACUGUGGUGUUGUAUCACAUGAUGGAGGCUUAUAGCGAGAUCGGCGAGGAAUUUAUUGAGCCAGUCGAUAUCAUCAGCGGAAUCGGCUCAUUCUUUGUCGUCGGAAUUUGCGGCACGCUGAUUGGUGUAAUCUUCGGCUUCCUCUCCGGAUUUAUCACGAAGUAUACCGAUCACGUGCGCGUGAUCGAGCCUCUGUUUGUGUUCGUGCUGGCGUAUUUAUCUUAUCUCACCUCAGAGAUGCUCCACCUCUCCGGUAUUUUGGCCAUCGUAUUUUGUGGGAUUGUUAUGAAGCAGUAUGUGGAGGCGAACGUCUCUCAGAAAUCGCACACAACCAUCAAAUACUUCAUGAAAAUGUUGUCCAACAUCAGCGAGACUAUAAUAUUCAUGUUCCUGGGCCUCUCCACUGUGAUUGACAAUCACGACUGGAACGUCCCCUUUAUCCUGUUCACCGUGCUAUUUACCCUCGUUUUCAGGGCAUUGGGUGUAAUCAUCCUGACCUGGUUCGCUAACCGUGUGCGCCUUUGUCGUCUGUCAAAGGUCGACCAAUUCGUCAUGUCAUACGGUGGCCUGAGAGGCGCCAUUGCUCUGGGGCUUGUCUUGCUCCUCAAAGAGGACAUUGUCCAUCAAAAGAGAAUGAUGGUGACUGCUUGCAUCGUGGUGGUUUUCUUCACUGUGUUCGUUCAGGGUAUAACAAUAAAACCUCUGGUGAACUUCCUGAAGGUAAAGAAGGCUGAUAAACGUAUGCCAUCGAUGAACGAGCAGAUUAAUGAGCGGUUGAUGGAUCACAUAAUGGCGGGCAUCGAGGAUGUAGCCGGGUAUUACGGGCACCAUUACUUGCGAGAUAAAUACGAGAGAUUCAAUAACAAGUACCUGAAGCCACUGUUGAUGCGGGACAAACCCAAGACGAGAGAGACGAAGAUUUUCCACGUGUUCACCAAACUGAACAUGAAAGAGGCCAUGAACCAUUUAGCCGUGCACGGCUCAUUCAACAUCCUCGACAUGGCCAAGGAGCCGUCGCUGGCCAAAAUUAUCCGCAAUUACUCUAACCACUCACUGAACGAGAAUGGGGGCGAACCGUUGCCAGCAUCACACUUUGAAGAAAUAGAGAAAUCGGACACUGUUUUAGACAUGGCGGCCGUGGAGGCUAAGUACAGCAAGAAAAUGGCAGACGACAGUAAAAUCCACCACAUUCUGGAUGAUGCCAUGUUUGUUCCCAGGAGAAGGUUCUCUACCGCUCAGAAGCACGUGAUCCCAGAUUUGAAUAAUCACCCGCCGUUCAAGCAUCACAUUCGUAAAGAGAUCCGACGAUUGGCCAGUAUAGGGAAGCAGCGAGCCAAGACGACGAAGUCUAUGUACAGUAACGCCCGUGGCGGGGAGAACCUUAAGCCACACAAGAAUGUCAGCUUUAGCCAUUCAGCGCCUCCCAGCAAAGAAAAGAGACAGUUUAGAAGCUCCGACAUUGACAGCCUUAAUGAGGAAGAGGAUGUGGGUAUCGUGUUUACCGCGCGUGCAGGUGAAUCUGAGAUGCAGGAUUACGUAGACGGAUCAAACACAAGCGGACUUGACAAAACAGCCGCCGAGAAGCAGUUGCCAUGGAGACGCCUGACCAGCCGAGACGAAUGUCCAGGUUUGUCCGAAGCGCCAUCUUGGGCAAACAAUUUAGCCUAUCACGGAUUGACAGACUCUCCAUGUGCAUCUCCUCAACAGACGAUUCAGCGGGAAGGGGAGACAACUCUGCCGACUGUGUUUAAUAUUUUCCCUCGGAGAAAAUCCGAGGACACAGAUAGUGCAGUGGGGGUGUCCUACGAGUACUUAAACGUCUGCCCGGCUACGGGAGAACCAAUGACUAGUGACGAAGCCGCCACAGCCGAAGUAAGGAUGGCAAACGCUGUUCAUGCGAGAUUUGGCGGCAAUGGUAACACGUUUCGCGAUAGAGCAGAGAACAAUGGGCACAGAGACUCAGGAGUUAUUGACUCUGAUGAAAACUGUGAUACUUUAUCUAAGAUCCCAACAGUCGAGGGAAAUGAACAUCCAAGAAAAGUACAAGGGGAGCAACGCCCCUCAGCAACUGAUAUACCGAGGAGUGACCCUGCAGACGAGACAGAGGAAACGAAACUGUGACGUUGCGAAAGCGUUGGAAUUUUGGAUGCUUUCACCCAAAUGUCACUGGUGGCUCUAUUUUAGGUGUGGCGACCUUACUAAGAGGUUAGCUUCACAUUCUUGUAAUGUUGUUAUAGAAUACGGAGGAUUUGCAGUUUUGCCUAGUGUGGUAUAUUGCUUACGGUGGCUUAGAAGAAAGACAUACAUUGUGCGUAGGAAAUAUGACAGAUCUUUCGAAAAACUUGUCACUGAUUUAACAUUACGAAGUUUUAAAAAUCCACCGAUAUAAUUUAAUAACUCCGCCUAUCAAAGUGAAGGCAUAUUUGUCAUGUCUUGUAAAUCUCUAGGAAAAUGUCAAGCUAAUUUAUACUGUGUUACUGUUUGCUUGUUUUACUUUGACGUAUUAUUAGUGAAGUGCAGUAAACAUCUAGUCAUUACCCUAGAUCGGACAACUAUACUUUUGACAGAAACGGUUCACCAUAUUCAUGCAUAACAAGUAUUAAGUCCCUUACCACCUCGUACUUUUUCGCGUUACUUGGCGUUCUUUGACACUCCUGUAACGGAACAGACAAAAAGGCCCAAAUACAACAACCAGAGGCACAUUAUGCCAGUGAACUUGAUAUGCUCUCAACCUUUGCUCUGAGGUUGCGUAUGUUAAUAAUCGCACGUGUUGAGACAGUUAUUGGCCUAGCAGAAGAACAGCUCUUUAUACAAGCCACACGGGGCUGUUUACGGUUAACAGACGUCAUUUGUACCUCGUUUGUACCUCAUUUUCAGAGCUUUUUAACAGUUCCGCUAUCCACCGGACACCGUGCAAGUAACGCGAGACAAACGAGAUUCAGUGAGACUAAUAAGGUAUAUUAUAAACGGCCAUUUUUUGCUGGUGACUACUCACUAAGUCAGAACAUUUUUUAUACACAUUGUCAUAAAGGUCACAAGUUUAAACCACGUCCCCGUUUAUCAUCAUGUUUACUUCUUGAGAAAGGCAACAUUGAGGGCUUCACAAGGAAGUUAUUAACGCUGCAGGUCGUUUGGAUAUACAGUCACCCCUACCAUCUAUUCUAUUAUGUAUGUAGAAACAUAAAAAAAAUCCAUGUGAUGUAACAGUAAGUCAGGUCUCAUUAGACUGACGUUUGGAGAAGAAAAUACCCAUUUUACCGCACGCGCAGAACUCUACCUUUACUUUACAACACAACAACAACUAGACAAGUUUGACCUGUGGAAACCGUGCUACACACAUGGGCUUGUUUCGACUUAGCCUCACCAAUAAUGUCCUUGCGCUGACCGUGGAGUGGUUGAAGAAUUUUGGCAAUGAUGUAAAGCGAGAGUAGAGAGUGGCGCACUCUCUGUAAGCAGUAUAGAGGACAGUGUGUAAAGAAAUAAUCGCAGUGAUCCUCCCCACUCCCUCCCAACACACACAAUUUUUCCAAAAAUAGUAGCUGUUUGGUUGGGAAGCUUUCUUCCCACCACCUCGUCAUCUAAAAUGAAACGCAUUUGUCAGUGCUUUCGGACACGACAUCGCAAGCGUGUAUCUUUCUAAAUCGUUGUGUAUCCUUUGCUGCUGUUCGGACGGCUUAUUUUGGAGUUAGUCCAGACCGUAAAUACUUCCUGAGAGUGAAAUGGACAUGUACAUGGAAAUUUACCAUAUGGAGCUCAUUUGGCCCAACGGUUGGCGUAACCGAGUAGAUCAUCUGAGUUUUUCUGACAAUGAUCAACUGUGAUACAAAAUCAAACUAAAAGUAUAUAUUGAGCAUUGCAGUGAUUUUCUGGGUGGAAUUGAGGAUUACGCAUUAUCUGAUAUUUUGUAUAUAUGUGCUGACUGUUUCUAUUCUUGUAUUUUUUAAAAAUGUAACUAUUUAUGUACAUAUAUGCUGUAUAUAUAUACUCAUUGAAUAUAUUCCUAUUACUCCGGG